AUGGCCACGUUCGUUGCUCGCGCCUCAGCCUUGUUGUGUCUUGUGUCUCUUGUCUUAGCAACCGGGCCAAACCCACGCCUGCUAGACUCAGAUCUGACCAUACUGACUCACAACGACCUGUACGGUAACAGCACCCGCAGACAAGUCUCAGUAGUCCUCGUCAGCAAACGCCAAUCUCACUCGGCCGCGGCAUCGAGCUGCGCAGCUCUGACAGAGUCGCUGUGGUCUACCAAGCAACAGUCACACGAGCUGGGGUUCCUUCAGUAUCUUGGAUACGGCGAUGAGAGACACAGUCGGGAUCUUUAUUGGGUGGCGAGCACUACACACGCCAAAUGCAACGCCGUCUCUGCACAAGGCCGCACCCAACAGCUACCGUGCGAUACACCGCUACCAGCACUCUGCCAGAACUCGGCGUCUUUGAGCUCACUACAAUCGACCGACACCGGUAGCAAGUGGCAGACAUCAGUAUCAGCUGGGAAUGCAACAGUUGUAGGCUACCGCGACAAGCAUUCAUUUCGAUUCCAGGGUAUCAAGUACGCCACCAUCCCAAGCCGCUUCUCAGACUCUACCUAUCUUCCUCUCACUGGGAGCGUCUCAGCGCUGUCUUACGGCCCGCAGUGUGUACAGGGAGGCUGCAGUUCUGGCACGGCGCCAUGCAGCGAAGACUGCCUUUAUCUGAACAUCUGGACACCUACCGUAUCCGCGGGCAAGAGCUCGAAGACGGCGAAGAAAGCAGUCAUGGUUUGGGUUCACGGUGGUGGCUUUGUUAGCGGUUCUGGCAGUGAUACAACCUUUGAUGGUGGAGCAAUCGCAUCUCGUGGUGAUGUGGUUCUUGUUACGAUCAACUAUCGACUCGGCAAUUUUGGUUUCCUGGCGCUGGAAGGUACCUCUUUGACAGGCAAUCAAGGACUGAAGGAUCAAAGCACUGCGCUGGAUUGGCUACAUGCGCAUAUAGACGCAUUUGGUGGCGACAAGGAUAAGAUCACUGUUUUUGGCCAAAGUGCUGGCGCAGCAUCAGUGCGAGCUCUGCUUGCCUCACCUGAAGCUCGUGACAAGUUCGCUGGUGCAAUUACACAGAGCACACCUCAAGGCCUGAACUACGCUUCAUCCUUCUCCGAGUAUCUCACCAUCACUGAAGCCACCAACAGAACCAAGUCACUCCUUAACGAGACCGGAUGCGCGUCGAGCAGCGGCGAGGCUGUGGUCAGCUGUCUACAAGCCGUCAACGCCCUUAAUCUCACUACCGGCACCUUGGCCUCGUAUCCGGUCGUUGACAACAGCUUCCUAACAACAACCUCGCUCCCCCUCGGACGCACAGCUCCGAAACUCAACAUCACCCUCCUCUCAGGCAUAAUGCACGAUGACGGCUCCCCCUUCACCCGCUACUCCACCAGCCCCAACCUAACCACUACCCUCCUCGAUCAAAACCUCCCCUCCGUCCCUGCCUCUCUCUUCCCCCUCCCCGCUAUCCAAAACACAACCCUCGCCCUCUUCAACCUCACCUCCCGCAUCUCCACAGACGCCAUGUUCCGCUGCCUCGGCCAAUCCACCGCCUCCACCGCCGCCAAAAACACCGUCUUCAAAAACACAUUCGCAUACGAAUUCGACCGCGCCCUGCAGCUAAACACGUGGAGCCCCAAUCCCCCGGCCUGCGAAGCGCCGCGCACGCCCGCGCACCCGAACGGAGACCCCAGCGCGCCGUACUACAAGUGCCACUCCGGCGAGCUGUACUACGUGUUCGGCACGCUGGUGCGCGAGGGCGCGCGCGUGCGCGACGAUGCGGAUAUCGUGUUUGCGCAGUAUGUGCUGGAUAGCUGGGCGGCGUUUGCCAGGACGGGGGAUCCGGUGCCCGAGGCGCGGUUCUUGGAGGCGAGGGGGUUUAGUAAUACGACGGCGGGGGUGAGGCGUGCGGGGGCGUGGAAGGCGGUGGAGGAGGGUGGUGCGUUGAAGGUGUUGGAUGUGCGGGCGAGGAGUGAGGGGUGGAGGGAGGUUGAGCAGUGCGAGGCUCUGGGGAUGGGGCUGGGGUACUAUGAUGCCUAG